UCUCUCCAAAUAUAGAGAGAGAGAGAGCUGCAAACCUGAACUCAUUCUUCUCUCUCUAUUAUCUCUUCAUACAUUCUUCUUCUCCAAAGGAAGAAGAUAAACCUUCGAAGAAAUCCGAUCGUUAAUUACAUCUUUCAAGCCAUUUCGCCAUGGUUUCCUUAAGCGGAAGCACUUUUCUGAACAAUUCGCUUUCCGGUAUUUCGAGAAGUUUGUCAUGUCAUUCGGAGAGGAGAAUGCAUGCACCGAUGGUGGUGAUGAUGACGACUUCGUCGGGCGCGAAUGGUCGGCCGGGAGAGAGGAAUCACUCUGUUGUGAUGGAGAACACUUUGAAAGAGAUGCGAGAUGGAUCUUCGUCUUCAGUUGUUGAUACGGAACCUAAGACUGCUCUUGGUGGCGGAGUGGACGAUGUGUAUGGCGAGGAUGCUGCCUCUGAGGAUCAUGCUGUAACUCCGUGGACAGUUUCCGUUGCGAGUGGUUAUUCAUUGUUACGUGAUCCGCAUCACAACAAAGGGCUUGCUUUCUCUGCGAAAGAGAGGGACACUCAUUACUUGCGUGGUCUUCUUCCUCCAGUUGUUAUUUCACAUGAUCUUCAGGUCAAGAAAAUGAUGCACAGCAUUCGACAGUAUCAAGUACCCCUGCAGAGAUAUAUGGCCAUGAUGGAUCUACAGGAGAUGAAUGAAAGACUCUUUUACAAGCUUUUGAUUGAGAAUGUUGAGGAACUACUACCAGUUGUCUACACACCAACUGUAGGAAAGGCAUGCCAGAAAUAUGGCAGCAUUUUCAGGCGUCCUCAGGGUCUUUUCAUCAGUUUGAAUGAGAAAGGGAAGGUUCUUGAGGUAUUGAAGAAUUGGCCUCAGAGGAAGAUUCAGGUCAUUGUUGUUACUGAUGGGGAGAGAAUUUUGGGUCUUGGGGAUCUUGGUUGUCAGGGAAUGGGGAUACCAGUAGGAAAGCUAUCUUUGUACACCGCACUUGGAGGAAUCCGUCCUUCUGCUUGCUUGCCAGUUACUAUUGAUGUGGGAACAAAUAAUGAAAAGCUGCUUAAUGAUGAGUUCUACAUUGGUCUUAGACGAAGAAGGGCAACUGGACAGGAAUAUGCUGAACUUCUACAAGAAUUUAUGACUGCAGUUAAGCAAAACUACGGGGAGAAAGUCCUUAUUCAGUUUGAGGAUUUUGCAAAUCAUAAUGCCUUUGAUCUUCUUGCCAAAUAUGGCAACACACAUCUUGUUUUCAAUGAUGACAUACAGGGAACAGCAUCUGUUGUUCUUGCUGGUCUUAUUGCUUCUUUGAAGUUAACUGGAGGAACCUUAGCCGAGCAAACUUUCUUAUUUCUUGGAGCUGGAGAGGCUGGGACUGGUAUUGCAGAGCUUAUAGCUCUUGAGAUGUCAAAACAAACGGGAGUCCCAUUAGAGGAGAGUCGCAAGAAGAUUUGGCUUGUGGACUCUAAGGGUUUAAUUGUUAGUUCCCGAAAUGAAACGCUUCAACAUUUUAAGAAGCCUUGGGCUCAUGAACACGAACCAAUUAGAGAACUUGUUGAUGCCGUGAAAAUUAUUAAGCCAACAGUGCUGAUAGGAUCAUCUGGAGCGGGAAGAACAUUUACUAAGGAAGUAAUUGAGGCUAUGUCAACCUUUAAUAAGAAACCCAUCAUUCUUGCUUUGUCUAAUCCAACUUCACAAUCUGAAUGUACUGCUGAAGAAGCAUAUAAAUGGAGUCAGGGUCGUGCAAUUUUCGCAAGUGGAAGUCCAUUUGGACCAGUGGAUUACGAAGGCCGAGUUUAUAUAUCUGGCCAGGCAAAUAACGCUUACAUUUUCCCGGGUCUUGGUCUGGGUUUGAUUAUCUCUGGUGCAAUCCGUGUUCAUGAUGAUAUGCUCCUGACUGCCUCUGAAGCUCUAGCAGAACUAGUAACUGAAGAGAACUCCAGCAAAGGGCUCAUUUUCCCACCAUUGACUCAAAUCAGGAAGAUUUCUGCCCAUAUUGCUUCCAAGGUGGCUGCCAAAGCUUAUGAACUCGGUUUGGCUACGCGUCUACCUCAGCCCAAAGAUCUAAUGGCAUAUGCCGAGAGCUGCAUGUACAGCCCAAACUACAGACCCUAUAGGUGAAGGACCUCUUCUUCUGCCCAAGGUAAUAUCUAUGAAUCGAUAUUAUUAUCAUUAUGUCACUUGCCUUUUCUUUUUGUGUUUUUUUUCCUUUUCCGCAAAUAUGAUUUGAUAAUAGGUAGUUGAAGGAUUCUAUGACUUUUUAAUGAUUAGGGCUCUUGUUAGUGUAAAAGAGGGAAGAAGUUGUUUUACCUUUUUACUAUUUUGUAUUAGUCAUGCUCUUGGGUGUAAAAUGUUUGGUUUCAUAUGUUUUUCUAGAACAAAUAAUUAAAUUAAUCAGAGUCUGUUUUCAAAAACUUUCAUCAGGAAUAAUUGAAUGGUUGAUACAGUUUGGG